UUUCUUCCUUCCUUGUCGCUCACUUCACUCUUCCAUCCUCCCUUCAUCAUCUUGUUAGAAAUUUUUUUUUUUUUUUUUUUUUGUGGCUUCAGCAAGCCAAGCAAAGCCUCCUCAGAGCUUCUCUUUGGAUUAAUGCUAAUGGCCACAACCCCAUUUGCCCAUUUCCCCACCUCCCCAGUCAUCUGCUCCGCUUCUCCCCAACCCAACCACCACCCUAAACACAACCCGACCCGCCAGAAGUUAUCUCCUUCUCCCUCCAACUGGUGGCCUCCACUUUUCGGAUGGUCCUCCGAUCCCGACUACAUUCAGGGCUCCAACUCCGAGUCCAACCAAGAGAGCGGAGAGAUUCAGGGCCAUUCCGAGAGGGAAGCUUCGGGUCGGCCUACCAGGUCCAAGUUUGGUCUGGGGUGCUUUACAGAAGAUAAGGCCAAGGAGCUGCGGAAAAAGACCAUGGAGUCCUCAACCUUCCACGACAUUAUGUACCACUCCGCCAUUGCUUCUCGUCUUGCAUCGGACGCUUCUGCCUCUGGGACUGGGCGUCGUCAAGAACGCUGACUGUUAACUUUCGCGCUGGCUGGCUGGGCCCCACCUCCGGUUUUAUGAUUAAUCAAAUCCGUCGACUUAAAACUUUAUGAUCUAUUACUGCUAUGUAAUUUGGUUUAUUUCCCAUUCAGAUUAUUGUUUUUUCAAGUCUUGGUAAUAAAAUAUGUUCGGCAU